AUGGCUUCGUUAAAAUCGUUCAUAAAAGCCGUGAGAAAGGCGAAAACUAUCGCAGAUGAGAGAUCUGUGGUGCGUAAGGAAUCUGCUUCCAUUCGUACCUCGUUCAGAGACCCCAAUUUAGAUCAAACGACUAGAAGAAUAAAUAUUUCGAAGUUGCUUUACCUCUACAUCAUGGGAGAGAAGACGCACUUCGGUCAAGUUGAAUGUUUGAAGUUGUUGUCGUCACCAAGAUUUGCAGACAAGAGAUUGGGAUACUUAGCCACCAUGCUCUUGCUUGACGAGAACCAGGAAGUGUUGACUUUAUUGACCAACUCGUUGGACAACGACAUGCAACAUCCCAACUCUUUCAUUGUCGGAUUGGCAUUGUGUUGCUUGGGUAAUAUUGCAUCUCCAGAAUUGGCAAGAGACUUGUACUCAAACGUUGACAAGAUAAUCACCACCAACAACUUAUACUUGAAGAAGAAAGCAUGCCUUGUAGCGGCCAAGUUAAUCGAGAAAGAUCCAGAUUUGGCAGAAAUUUUCUUACCAAAGGUUGCCCAGUUGAUAGAAGAUAAACACCAUAGCACUUUGUUGGGGGUCACAAGGCUAAUUCAAAUUAUUUAUGAAGUUGAUUUGGAACUGAGGCCAACGUUGGUCAAACUCAUCCCCAAAUUGAUUGCUCAUUUGAAAAGAAUUGCCACAAGUGGAUAUAUGCCUGACUAUGAUGUAUUGGGCAUAAGUGAUCCAUUUUUGCAGGUUUCUAUCUUGAAAACAUUGAGGAUGCUUGCAGUGGACCUGGCUUGUUCAAGUGCCAACUUGGAACAACUUAACGAUGUAUUAACCCAAGUUACUUCCAAUAUAGAGAGCAGUAAUACUGACGCUGGUUCCAGUAGCAGCGGGAAGAAUGCUGGCCACCUGAUUCUUUAUGAAUGUGUAAAGACCAUUUUCGCUAUACAAUCUGAUCAGUCGUUGAAGAUCUUGGGGGUCAAUCUUUUAGGGAAGUUCCUCUCUACAAAGGAUAACAACAUCAGAUACGUUGCCUUGGAUGCCUUGUUGACGGUCAUUUCAAUAGAGCCAAUGGCUGUUCAGAGACAUAGAGCAACCAUUGUUGGAUGUUUGUUAGAUGGCGAUAUCUCGAUAAGAAGAAGAGCAUUGGAAUUGACUUUUGCAAUUUUGAACGAACAAAAUAUUAGACUCUUGGUGAGAGAAGUUUUAUUAUUCUUGGAAGCGUGUACCGACAAUGACUUGAAGCCAUAUAUUACCCUGCAGUUGGUGAUUGCUAGUAACAAAUAUGCUCCAAAUGAUAAGUGGCACUUUGACACGUUGAUUAGAAUGUUGAAAGUCAGUGGAAAUUACGUCACAAUGGAUAUACUUCUGAAUAUUUUGGCACUUAUUAUGCAAUGUAAAGAUAUGGAAUUGAGAAAGCACGUUGUUGGAAAAGUAUUGCUGUUACUGCUUGAAAAUCAACAGCAGCAAUACCAGACCACUGAGAAUGGAUCGUUUGGCCUCUCUCUUGUCACCAUCUGGUGUCUUGGUGAAUAUGGAGAACUUAUAAUGGGAGGUAACAUUGAAGUGAAUGGGAAGUCUGUUGCAGUUACUGAGAAACUUAUCUUGAAACUAAUCGAAGACUUGCUUAACAACUCUAACUUUACUGACCUGGAAACCGUGCUGCUUGUUACUUACAUACUUACCACAGUGUUAAAGUUAUCGGUGAAAUUUCAAGACGAAAGAUCAAUAGAGCAGCUUAGACUCAUCUUAAGCUCAAAAUCAUAUGACAACAAUAUUGAAAUUCAGAUUAGAGCUAUAGAGUAUCAAGAAAUAUUUGCUCUGAAUGAAAAGUUGAAGAAGGGGCUUUUGGCCAAGAUGCCUGCGCCACCCAUGAAAGAAAGAGAAGCUUUGAGUUUACACCCAAAGCUGGCAAAGAAGCAGCAGGUUAGUUUGUCGGGAUCUGGUUCAGGCUCAGGCAGUACUACUACUACCGAUGAUUUACUUUUGGACUUAAUGGAUGAUGGCCCAGUUCCUGAGAAUUCUGCAGCUGCAGCUGACAACAAUAACUAUAAACCAGAUUCUAUUGCUAACAGGAAUGCUAAUAUACUAGAUUUGUUUGACAAUCCUUCUCAAUCCAACACCUCCACAAGUAACCCGAUUAUUGAAUCGAGCAGUUCAAUACCAGCUUUCAGUUCCUCACUCAUAUCUGUUUCAUUUUCUCCAAAGUCUUUUAAGGCAGGACAAGCGGUAGUAGAAGCUUAUAUUGUAGCCAAGUCCCCUGGUACACACAUUACUCAAUUUCAACUUUUGAUUGCGGUUCCAAAAUCCCAAAAGCUUUCAAUUACAUCAACUAGUGGGGACUACUUAGACGCUUCAAAUAGCACUAUCAAACAAGUCUUAAAGAUUGUUGGGAAGGAAGGUGCAAAGAUAAAAUUGAGAGUUAAAGUGAAAUAUGUUGCAAACAAUGAAACUAUUGAGGAUACAUUUGACUUUGCUGGAUUCGAAAACACUUUAUAG